AAGGGCUCGUAAUGGCGCAACGCAAGGAUCCAUGGAAGGGACCAAACCCUUGAGGGCCAGAGGGCUUCAGGCUUCAGCAGAGAUACCAGAAGAGAUCCCACAAUCCAGUGUGAAUGAGAACAACAUGAAGCCUUCUUUACGCUGGCCAGGACACAGAUCCUCUGUGUGUGUGCCUGUCUCCAGGCGUAUGUUUGUGGUGGUUGGGCUUUUAGUCUUUCUGUUUUUGGUGAUGGUCUCCCUGCCGCCGACUGAAACAGGGUCACACAAACCUCUGAAGUGGCACAUCAACCCUGCACAUAGAAAGCGGGUGCAUGAGCAUGUGCUCAGAGUUCUGGAGGGUCAGUGUCGUCCUGGCAGCACCAGGCGGCGCCUGUUAGCUCGACUCCAUUCUCACAGUUAUGUGACCCAGCCCUUCCUGAAGAACAAGCCGCUCUCUGAUGACCUUUACCAGUAUCCACCACCGUUUGGGUUCAAAGGGCUUCAGGAAAAAGUGAAGGACCUCCUAAAUCUGCUUCCAGACUAUGAAGUCCCACCUCAGCGGGAAACAACAGCAGAUGAUUGUCAGCGCUGUGUGGUCAUGGGAAAUGGAGGCAUUCUCAGAGGCCUGGAGCUGGGCCCACUCAUAGACCGUUUCAACACCAUUAUCAGGUUAAACAGUGGUCCUCUGGGAGAGUUUAGUGUUGACGUUGGAAAUCGCACCAGCAUCAGGAUGAGUUACCCAGAAGGCACGCCGCUCCACUGGGUCGACACAGACCCAGACACUCUGUUUGUCGCUGUGGUGUAUAAAAGAGUAGACAUCAGCUGGAUCUCUGCUAUGAUCAACAAGCUUGCUGUGCCUCUGUGGGACAGGCUCUUCUUCUGGCAGACGGUUCCUCGUCAAAUCCCUCUUGAGCGCCACAAGUUCAGACUUCUAAACCCACUUGUCAUUAGAGAGGUUGCAUUAGAACUACUGAAGUACCCUCCACCCACAUCACGCAUGUGGGGCUGGGACAAGAAUGUGCCUACCCUGGGGGUGUCUGCACUGAAUUUAGCCAGUCUGCUGUGUGAUGAGGUCAGCCUGGCGGGCUUUGGCUACAACCUCACCCAGCAGGGGGCGCCACUGCACUAUCAUGACCACUUGCCUAUGAGUGCCAUGCAGCAGCAGAAGAUGCACAAUGUGGACAGAGAGACCGAGCUCCUGAAAAGCCUGGUCAGAGAGGGAGUCCUCACUGAUCUGACAGGGGGGAUUCACUGCUCCUUCUGCCCUAGCUGACCUCCAGACAUGUCACUGUAAAGCACUUCCCUUUUGUGCUGUAAAGUGCUUGCUUUUUAAGAACAAAACACAUCCUGUUGGAGAAAACACAAAGGCAAUGGCAAGACCAAAGGAUUUACACACAUGAGAAGAAAGAAAGAAAAGAAAUGGAGAAGAGAGAAACUUGGCAUAAAGACUGAAAUCACACCUAAUUUGAAGAGCAUAGGACAUGAAAACAAAAGAGAAUACUGUAAUUCUGGUAGUAUUAAGCUCUUCAACUGGUAAUGCAAUAUUGUCAUGUUCAUAUUAUUAUUAUUUUUUCUUUUUUUACAUCCUCAACUUGUUUAUUUUGCAGUCUUCCAAAAUAGCUGGUCUGUGAAAGGUGAACAUGAGAUGUGUUACAUGUGAACUGUUUUUUUUUUUUUUUAACGUGUCAUUAUUCAUAGUUUGUAAUGUUGUUUAUAACAUUGAAGUUGCACAUUCUAACUUUUGAAAUUACUUUUAAAAUGUUCAUGUAUUUAUGCUUCAGGUCUUCAGUCGUCACAACACAUUUCAUUUCAGAGUGAGAUAGUCAUUUCCUGUGUUUUCAUGAAAAUGUUUUAAUAGCCAAUACAGUUGACAUCAGGGCAGCUUAACUGAAUAACAAAUCAGAUGUAAGGAUUAACCUAUAGUCAGUCCUAUACCCAGUUAAAAUGAGAAGUUUACACUGUCCUCCAAGAAGUUUAAAGGAAUGUAGUUUUCAAAUAAAUGGACAAAAGUUUGUCUGUUUUUUUUUUUGUUUGUUUGUUUUUUUGUUUUGUUUUGUUUUGGGUUUCUUUUGCACUGUUUGACCAGUGGAAAGUAUGAAUGAAAGCACCUACCUAAACUCUUAGUGAUGCAGUAUUUUUUCUAUGAUGUUUUUCAAAUGUUUCUUUUUGUUUAUGUCUUUAUUUUGUCUUAUGUCUUUUUUCAAUUAUAAUUUAAGGAUUUAAAUCUUCUGUGUUUGGCCUUUUAUGUACCAUCUUGAUAAACCCACAAUUCACGUCAGUGUCCAGAGUUACAGCUGCUGCUACUGCACAAGUUUCAAAAAAGCUAAUAACUGAGGCUUCGCCUUGUUUACAGUGAAGAUAUGCAGAAGUCAGGUUGCUUUGUUUUUAAGUUGAAUGUGCCACAAAACGUGUACUUUUUAAACUGUAAAAGAGAGUGCACACAGGUCAGGACACUGCGGGUUAAAUGUUACCUAUUACUUUCCUCUCAGCAGCUCCAAAUCAGAGACAGACUGUGCCUCAGAAACGGCUCAUACACUGCACUUUGUGCAAGUAGUAACGCUCACUGGUCAGACUCUGACAAGGCUUGUGAAACCUUGCCAACCGUGGCUUAAGGUCUGCCGGUAGUACAAUAAAAGUUGCAUCCUGUCUUACACUCAUACAUACAGUGAUUGUUGAAUUUCAUGUAUAGUUUUCAGAUAGCGGCAUAAUUAAAUUAAAACCUUAAUGAAGCGAUCAGUGCUUG